AUGCCCAACUCCUCCGAUGGUGAACACGACUCUAGGACCGCCUCGGUGGGCGUCCAGCGAACCCGCCGCGGUACUUCCAACGAUUCUUCGCGUCGCAGCUCUCUAGAUAAACCCAACGCCAAACGGCAACGAAGAAACGGCAAGUCCGACACACGCGAGGUCCAGGACUUCGUGCCCCGAGGCGCAUCGUUUAGUGCAAACUCCCUGCAGGUGGACCCCGACAGCACCUCGUCUUCCGGCUCGGAUUCCGAAAGCGACUCCAGCAGCGGUUCGGCCUCCUCGUCGGGUGGCGAUGACGACGAGAGUUCGAGCUCUGACUCUGCAGAGGAGUACAAACCUACACAGGCACCAGCUGGAGGCUGGAACAAGGGCAGCAAGAGUGGCAUCCGGACGUCGCUCAGGUCUCGAAAUCAGACAAAUGGCGACGACAAGACCCCCACGCAGUUCGACGCGGUAAAUGAUAAAUUCUGGCGCAGUCGCAGUGACUCGGCCUCGUCUGGUGGGGGAGACAGUUCCAAAUCGCGCAACGAGAACGGCAAGAAAGAGGAUCCUCACGUCUCGGAGGAGGGGGAGUUGGAGGAAGACCACACGGCGGAGUCCAGCCAAAUGCAUCUGUCGGGCGAUUCAGACGAGUCGGACUCUGUGGAUUCUGAGGCUGAUGAUUCUAUAUUGUUGAAUAUUGGAUCCCGGGACGAGGACCAGAGCAUCUCUGGCCAACGACCAAAGGAUGAUGGUUACGACCCUGAGCAAUUGCCCCUUUCGGAGCCUCGAGUCAAUGGUGACGCCCAGAACGGUGUUACGAACAAUCCUUCCAAGGAGGAGGCCUUCCGCCGUUUCUCUCAAAAAUAUCCUAUGACCCCCUCAACUCUGGCUGACCUAGAGCGUGACGACAUGGAAAGGCAGGCGAGAUGUUUGUUCUAUGAUCGAGACAUUAAUGACAUCAGUCUUCAACUGCCUAUUGCUUGUACAGAGUGCUCACGAGAGGGCCAUUUGGCCGAGGUGUGCCCAUCUAGGGAGUGUGUACAUUGUGGUGCUUGGAACCAGCACCAAAGCAGUUUCUGUCCGCAGUGGAGAAGAUGCCAACGCUGUCGGGACCGGGGCCAUGAUGAGGCGCAAUGCUCAUCGCAGCUGAAAGGUUCCGCCGCCGAGACUCCUUGCGAUCUGUGUGGGUCGACAGAACACCUGGAGCUUCAAUGUGACGCCGUGUGGAAAAUCCCCCGACAAGACGCGCAGUCUGGACCGGUGCUAGUCUCCCUCUCGUGCUCGCAUUGCACCAGCAACCGCCAUCUAAUCGGGGACUGCCCGUCCCUUCCUAAACCGCUGAUGUCGUCGUCGUGGACCCUUAAGGGAGUCGAUCCAAACAUGGUGACCAACACUAACUCGGUAGUGAGCGGUCGAGCAAAGGGCCCUUCGUCCCGAGGUAGUCAGCGGGGCGGCCUGAAGAUUAGAGGUCGUGCCGACCAGCGCUCGCCCUCCCCCGAUAGCGACGACAUGAUGUCUCGGCCACGGCAGCCCAUCGGUCGCGGCGCACCGCGCGGCAAUAUCCGCAUCGGAGGUGGCAUCGGAAGGAACAAGAACUUCGCCCCGGCUGGUCCAAGGGCCCCCGAACCCUCGUAUCACGGUGGCUACCGCUCGCGAUCUCCCCCUCGUCCGGGCCGCGGCCGAGGCAGAGAUAGCUACCAUCCCGGCGGUCCUCGCUCCCCUCCCGGUCGACCAAGACAUCCUCUACCCCCACGCCCCGGUAGAGGUGGCGGCGGGGAUCGAGGAGGUCGCGGAAGUUAUCGUGGCGGCGGUCCCGGACCCAAACGAGGUGGUGGCGGCGGCGGCGGCGACGCCUACCGACCCUUACCCAGCGCCGGUAAAAAGGCCUGGGAUAGAUACCGACUGUAA